AUGAUUAGACUCCGCCUUUCUCAUUCAUCUGGUUUUCCCUAUCUUUUGUUUGCGGAUGCGUCGUAUCCAAAACAUCAUGCUUGAAUGUUUCAGGGUUCCAAGCAGAGGCUAUGCGUUUCUUCACUGCUCUGCUUUUGGCGACUUUGGCGUCUUCGGCUCUCGCCAUGUUCCGUUCUUCCUCAAGGGUUAACAGCUGGCCACAAAAAUAUCUUUUGGUCUUUGGAAUUUCUCAUCGAACCAACGAAAAUAUUUUUUUGAAAAAUCGCUAAUCAUUCUCUAUUAAUUUAAAAACUCGUGAUGAUUUUGAAACCAGCUAAAAAAAGGUUUUUUGAGAGUGAAGGAUGAGAUUCAGGGAAUGGCAACGGUGGACGUCGGCUCAGGAGACGUCAUGUGGGUUCCGAUGCCGCGGCAAGUCGCCGUCCAACCGGAGUACGUCCAUCGCAGGUACUGCCAACCUUUUAAGAAACCUUUUCCUGAAAGUACAAUUCUGUUCUAUUCCUUUCACUAAAGUGCUUAACCUUCUGCACCUCGAGAUUCUCAGUAAAAGAAAGGAAAUUUCUAUAAAUGCCAACCAGUACCAUUUAAUUAUCCUUUCUUUUCCUAGCCAUUUCUGAGAGAAUUUAAAUUUUUACAGUAAAAACUGUUUUUUUUUCCCGCAUUUUCAGUAUAAAAUUUUUUCCAGGUGCGUCUUCUGCCGCGGUUACAAUCGUCGAUAG